AUGCUGUGCAAAUACAAACCGGAAGACAAGACAACUAGCACAGUCCUGAAAAAGGAGCGGGGCUACAUGUAUUUUGUAGAGACGUUCCACGUGAAAUGCAUGAAAGUCCUUGAGGAUCACAUAAGAAUUCACACCGGAGAGAAGCCGUUCACAUGUGAUCAGUGCGGAAAGAGUUACAAAUGGUCAGAUAGUCUCAGAGUUCAUAAACUCAUUCACUCCGGAGAAAAGCCAUUUAAGUGUGAUCAGUGCGAUAAGAGUUUUUUUCUGAAAAAAGACCUAAAGGAUCACAUAAGAAUUCACACCGGAGAGAAGCCGUUCACAUGUGAUCAGUGCGGAAAGAGUUACAAAUGGUCAGAUAGUCUCAGAGUUCAUAAACUCAUUCACUCCGGAGAAAAGCCAUUUAAGUGUGAUCAGUGCGAUAAGAGUUUUUUUCUGAAAAAAGACCUAAAGGCCCACAUGAAAACUCACACUAAAGAGAAGCCUUACUUGUGUUCUGUUUGUGGGAAGAGUUUUGCAUGGCUGGACUGUUUUAAAGACCAUCUGAAAAUACACUCUGGUGUGAAAGACUAUUUGUGCGCAGAUUGUGGUAAAGCCUUUACUGCAGCCACUCAGCUGAAAGUGCACCGCAGGAUCCAUACUGGAGAAAAACCUUACAAGUGCUCGCAUUGUGAGAAGAGUUUUGGACAGUUAGGAGGCCUGCAAAACCAUGAGAGAAUCCACACGGGAGAGAAACCAUUCCAGUGCCAUCAAUGCGGCAAGAGAUUCGGAUAUUAUAGAGCUGCACAGAUGCACAGAAAGAAGCAUUGCCCAAAAUUAAAGUCAAUAUGACUGAAGAAACAAGAGCUUAAGAGCUCAAGGAAUUAAAAAGUGCUACCUUUUUUGUGAUUAUUGUUUCACUCUAUCCUGUUAUCCUGGUUCACUUCCUAUCUUACAGAUAGACAAUACUACAUUGCUAUAAACAAUUAUAACUCCUCCACUGCUUUACUUAGACAGGGUGUUCCCCAGGGCUCUGUUCUCGGCCCAUUACUGUUUAUUAUUUACAUUAUGCCCCUUGGACAUAUUAUUCGUCAUUAUGGUUUUCAUUAUCACUGUUGUGCUAAUGAUAUUCAGAAAUACUGUAUACCGCUUGCCGUUUGAAUUCUAUCCACCAGACCACAUCACUAUGUGUGUUAAUGAGUUAAAGGCAUGGCUAAAUUCCAAUUUUUUAAGUUUGAACUUGAGCAAGACAGAAAUUUUAAUUACUGUCCCCCCAACUCUAACUAAAAAUAUAACUAAUAUUCCCAGCUUUAACCUUGAUGCUACAACAAUUUUUCCAUCUGCCACCAUUAGAAAUUUGGGCAUUACUCUUGAUCCUUCACUGACCCUGGAUGUUUACAUCAAUAAACUUUUUAAAGUUGCAUUUCUUCAGUUUCACCGUAUAGCCCAACUAGAUUUUGUCUGUAUUCAAUGGGCAGCAGGUAAUUUUCUGUCAUGGCUCCUAAGCUAUGGAACUCUUUAUCACUGGCACUGAGGACAACAACCUCACUGUCUGAAUUUAAAUCACAACUUAAAGCCUAAUUGUUUACCCAACACCUACCAGUCAUAAUUAUGUU